GAGUGUAUCUCUAUACAUAUUGGCCAAGCCGGUGUUCAGAUGGGUAAUGCCUGCUGGGAGCUAUACUGUCUAGAGCAUGGAAUCCAGCCGGACGGGGUCCUUUCUAAAGAUCACACCGCUCCAUUAGAUUCAUCCUUUGGAACAUUCUUCAAUGAGACUGGUUCAGGCAAACAUGUGCCACGGGCGGUAUUUGUUGAUCUUGAAGAGACUGUUAUUGAUGAAAUAAAAACUGGAAUAUAUCGUACCCUCUUUCAUCCCGAACAACUAAUUAGUGGAAAGGAAGAUGCAGCAAAUAAUUAUGCCAGAGGUCACUAUACUGUUGGAAAGGAGGUGAUUGAUAAUGUUAUGGACAAAAUGCGUAAAAUGGGAGAGCAGUGCUCUGGCCUCCAAGGAUUUCUAAUUUUUCACAGCUAUGGAGGUGGCACAGGUUCCGGCUUCUCUUCCCUCUUGAUGGAGCGGCUUUCUGUUGAUUAUGGAAAGAAAUCCAAGCUGGAGUUUUCCAUUUAUCCUGCUCCACAAAUCUCUACUGCUGUGGUAGAACCAUAUAAUUCUAUUCUGACAACUCACACAACUCUGGAGCAUUCGGACUGUGCCUUUAUGGUAGACAAUGAAGCCAUCUAUGAUAUCUGCAACCGAAAUCUAAACAUUGAACGACCCAGUUAUACCAACUUAAAUAGACUGAUAGGACAAAUUGUUUCUUCCAUCACAGCUUCUUUGAGGUUUGAUGGGGCACUUAACGUAGACUUGACAGAGUUUCAGACUAACUUGGUGCCGUAUCCUCGAAUCCAUUUCCCCCUGGUCACCUAUUCACCCAUAAUAUCAGCAGAGAGGGCUUACCAUGAGCAAAUAUCAGUGCCCGAGAUCACCAAUGCUUGUUUUGAGUAUUCAAAUCAGAUGGUGAAAUGUGAUCCUCGUCGUGGCAAAUAUAUGGCUUGCUGUCUGUUAUAUAGAGGUGAUGUGGUGCCAAAAGAUGUCAAUGCAGCAAUAGCUGCAAUUAAAACCAGGAGGUCUAUCCAGUUUGUAGACUGGUGUCCUACUGGAUUUAAAGUGGGAAUAAACUACCAGCCCCCUACUGUAGUUCCAGGAGGUGACCUGGCCAAAGUUCAACGUGCUGUCUGUAUGCUGAGUAACACUACAGCCAUUGCAGAGGCCUGGGCAAGGCUAGACCACAAGUUUGAUCUCAUGUAUUCUAAGAGAGCAUUUGUACAUUGGUAUGUGGGAGAGGGCAUGGAGGAAGGAGAGUUCUCUGAAGCAAGGGAGGAUAUGGCAGCUCUAGAAAAGGAUUAUGAAGAGGUAGGAACAGACUCUGCUAAAGAUGAUGAGGAAGAAGAUGAAGAAUACUGAAACUGAUCAGUUGACUAGUGGCCAUAAUGCUUUCCAUAACUGAUUCAAAACACCUGUUUCAAAACACCUGUUUCAAUGUGUAUAAUAA